AUGGCCCAGAAACUGAUAGUCAGUACACUAACGAGUAGCAAGGUUGAACUUGACUCGGUUUAUGAUCCUUGCCCUGUACGUGUGUGUGAUUAUGGGCUAAAAGCAAGUUUUGUACUGCUGGACAUGAAAGAUUUCAAUGUGAUCUUGGGUAUGGAUUGGCUAUCGACUCACAGGGCCAGUCUAAUCUGCUUAGAGAGGAAGGUCUUGUUCAAACCAGUGGAAGACACUGAAGCAAAGGUUAGGCCAUUGGAAGAGCUGUGUGUAGUGAAAGAUUUUUCGGAUGUCUUUCUGGAAGAUCUAAAGUGGUUGCCACCAGAUCCCGAGACAGAGUUCAUGAUAGAUCUGAUUCUUGGUGUAGCCCCAGUAUCCAAGGCUCCUUACAGGAUGGCCCCAACUGAGUUGAAGGAGUUAUAA